CAAGACACCCUUUGAAACCUCUCCUGUCCUGUCUCCCAAGAGCCAGGUUAAAACCAUCAGCCUCACGUCCUGAGAGCAAACCUUUCAGAAUCUGCUGCCGAGGGCUGAAGACCUCACUCGCUGGGAGCCAGCAUGUCAGCUGCGGUCGUGGAGAACCCAGUCCUGAGCAGGAAACUCUCAGACUUUGGACAGGAAACGAGCUACAUUGAAGACAAUUCCAACCCCAACGGGGCCGUCUCACUGCUCUUCUCGCUCAAAGAGGAAGUCGGUGCCCUCGCCAAGGUCCUGCGUCUGUUUGAGGAGAAUGACAUCAACCUGACUCACAUCGAAUCCAGACCUUCUCGUGUGAACAAAAAUGAGUAUGAGUUUUUCACUUACCUGGAUAAACGGAGCAAGCCUGCUCUAGGCAGCAUCAUCAAGAGCCUGCGGUACGACAUUGGGGCCACUGUCCAUGAGCUUUCCCGGGACAAGGAGAAGAACACAGUGCCCUGGUUCCCAAGGACCAUUCAAGAGCUGGACAGAUUCGCCAACCAGAUUCUCAGCUACGGAGCAGAACUGGAUGCAGACCACCCCGGCUUCAAAGAUCCUGUGUACCGGGCAAGACGAAAGCAGUUUGCUGACAUUGCCUACAGCUACCGCCAUGGGCAGCCCAUCCCUCGGGUGGAGUACACCGAGGAGGAGAAGAAGACCUGGGGGACAGUGUUCAGCACACUGAAGGCCUUGUAUAAAACGCACGCCUGCUAUGAGCACAACCACAUUUUCCCACUUCUGGAAAAGUACUGCGGGUUCCGUGAAGACAACAUCCCCCAGCUGGAAGAUGUUUCUCAGUUUCUGCAGACUUGUACUGGUUUCCGCCUCCGACCUGUUGCUGGCUUACUGUCCUCUCGAGAUUUCUUGGGUGGCCUGGCCUUCCGAGUCUUCCACUGCACACAGUACAUUCGGCAUGGAUCUAAGCCCAUGUACACGCCCGAACCGGACAUUUGCCACGAACUGUUGGGGCACGUGCCCUUGUUUUCAGAUCGCAGCUUUGCCCAGUUUUCCCAGGAAAUCGGGCUUGCUUCUCUGGGUGCACCUGAUGAAUACAUCGAGAAACUGGCCACAAUUUACUGGUUUACCGUGGAGUUUGGGCUCUGCAAGGAAGGAGAUUCCAUAAAGGCCUACGGUGCUGGGCUCCUGUCAUCCUUCGGUGAACUACAGUACUGUUUAUCAGAAAAGCCGAAGCUGCUACCCCUGGAGCUAGAGAAGACAGCUUCGCAGGAGUACGGUGUCACCGAGUUCCAGCCCAUCUACUACGUGGCAGAGAGUUUCAAUGAUGCCAAGGAGAAAGUGAGGGCCUUUGCGGCCACAAUCCCUCGGCCCUUCUCAGUUCGCUAUGAUCCCUACACCCAGAGGAUUGAGGUCCUGGACAACACUCAGCAGCUGAAGAUUCUGGCUGACUCUAUCAACAGUGAGUUUGGAAUCCUUUGCAGUGCCCUACAGAAAAUCAAGUCAUGAACAGAAAAUGAUAUCAUGGGUAGAACUGGGGAGGUCAACCAAAAAUCGUUGAUAGAGAUAUAAUAACUACUGUCUUUCAUCUGAAAAGAAAAACUUUAAUUUGAAAUGUUGGCUUUUAUUACUUCUGCUAACACAGUGAAUUAUCACCAAAUAUAUCAAAAUUCCCUUAAAUGAAAGUAUAUUAAACCCUUCCAGUGGAAGAUCUUUCAGAGUCAUCUUUGAUUUAGACAUCUCAAACCUUCAAUUUAGUUUAAAAUAUAAUUUUUCACUUCUCACCAAUAUUCAUAAAAAUUUGUUAUCCUUAUCA